AGCCUGCUAGGACGCGCUAUAUACAGUGCUUACAGUGGACUGGUGCUGCGCCGUCCCAGUCAUGGACUCCAAGACGUCUUCAGUGUGAGCGCGAAGAUUUGUAUCUUCUGUCUCCGAAACCUGUCGGUCUCGCCAAUCAUUAAGAAAUCGACACUAGUAAGUCAAAGUAUAGUUUGCAGUUUAUAACGUAUUGUCUCUGAGGAUAGGGGAAGAAUCCCCAGCUCGCACACUGCGGGCUUCCGAAACAGUUUGAGGAUCGAGGUGGUCAUUGCCGGGCCCUGAGCCGGCUUGUCACCAUGGCCCUCGCCGGGUCAGCUAAGAUGCACUCCGUGAAGGUUUCCCAGCGCUCCUCGCGGGCGCUGGCGCCUCACCGCGUCGCAACCGUUCGGAACGUCCCCGCGCCGAUGCGGGUUGUGCAGAAAAGCCAGGAUGAGUUGGCUGCAGCCAUUAACAUGAUGAGGGAUUCCAAGGCCCAGGAUGAGGGCCCUGACUACACCGUCGUGCAGCGCAACUUGGCUCUUGAGCUUGUCCGUGUGACGGAGGCUGCCGCGCUUGCUGCCGGUAAAUGGUUUGGCAAGGGCGACAAGAAUGCCGCCGACCAGGCCGCUGUGGACAUGAUGCGCAAGGUGCUCAACAGCGUCGCCAUGGACGGCGUCGUUGUCAUUGGCGAGGGCGAGAAGGACGAGGCUCCCAUGCUGUACUGCGGUGAGCGCAUCGGCGACGGCAGCCUCUUCCCCAAGGUGGACAUCGCCGUGGACCCGCUCGACGGCACCACCCUGACCGCCCAGGGCCGCAGCGGCGCCAUCUCGGUCAUCGCGGUGGCUGAGCGCGGCGCCCUGUUCGACCCCGGCCCGUGCAUGUACAUGGAGAAGCUGGCGGUUGGCCCCCAGGUGGACCCCGAGUCCGUCUCGCUGGACUACUCAGUGCGCCACAACAUCAAGUGGGUCGCGCGCGCACUGGACAAGCCCGUGAGCGACGUGACGGUGCUGAUGCUGGACCGCCCGCGCCACGCCGACCUGAUCCGCCAGUGCCGUGACGCGGGUGCCCGCAUCCGUCUGAUCAGCGACGGUGACGUGGCGGGUGCCAUCGAGGUGGCCAAGGCCGGCAGCCCCGUGGACAUGAUGAUGGGCAUUGGCGGCACCCCCGAGGGCGUCAUUGCGGCCUGCGCCCUGAAGUGCAUGGGCGGGACCAUCCAGGGCCGUCUGUGGCCUCGCACCGAGGACGAGCGCAAGCAGGCCAUUGAGCGCGGCUACGAUCUGGACAAGAUCCUGCACCUGGACGACCUGGUCAAGGGCGAUGACGUCUUCUUCGCGGCCACCGGCGUCAGCGACGGCGACCUGCUCAAGGGCGUGCGGUACCACUCGGGCGGCGCCUCCACCAACUCGAUGGUUCUGCGUUGCAAGAGUGGCACGGUCCGCUUCGUGGAGACGUUCCACAAGUGGGCCAAGCCCUCCGUGACCAACAUUGACCCCAACGACUCGGACGACGGCUCCACGACCAUUCGCAACAUGGGGGCUACCAGCGGUCGCGGUGCGGGUCAGCGCCCUCCGUGGUAGAUGUCUGUUUCUCACCCCCUUGAAAGGGGGUUCUGAACCCCUUUCAAAGGGGUUCUGAAGCGCUCCCUUCCCGCUUCCUGGCGUCUCUUCACACCGCCGUUUAGGGUGGGGUGCAGUUGCAGGAGCAGGGACGGAGUAUGGGAACAGCGCUUUCCAUACGGGCUUUGCUGGCCUCACAGCGUCAAACGAACGGUGGUGUUUUGGAGGAGUUUGGAGGAGGUGGUCUUGGUAGGUGCAUUUUCAGGGCAUGUUGGGUGGCAUGGUCUGCAAGAUCAUCGGCGGUGCUGUGGCUGGUGUUUUCUGCUGGUGCGGGAGGUUUUGGCUUUGUCUCUUGCUGCUGUCUGAUGGGAUUGUGGUGGGAGAGCGUCGCCUGCUGCUUCUUGAUUGCGCCCCUAGCCCGGUUGUGCCUGCGGUGAGGCGAAGAAUGAAUCCAGGUCGAAAGGCAUGUGGGUCAGCAGCAAAGGAGAGUUUCUAGGAAGAAUGCAGCUUUUAGUGAUGGCACCGUCAGACACGCGGUUCUGUUACGGGGCCGUCUUGGCCUCGAGGGCUGUCUUGAAGCGGCGUCCUUUGGACUCUUCUUGCUGUUGCUGCUGCUUGGAUGGCUAUGGAACGACCGUUGACAAUACACUGCCGUUUAAAUGUUUGAUUGUUGUUGGUAGGCGGGUUGUGAAGAAACGAGCCCGCAAGUGCCCUCCGUGGGAGCAGGGAGGGACUUGGGUGGUGGCGGGCUGAUGAGAAUGCGUUUUUUCGAAACGCGUUGGUUGAGAAGGGCCGGUGAGGUGGUGAGGAAUAAAGGCAAUCUGGGGCCUAACGAUGAUCUUGUAAGGUGCCCUGGUUUCCGGGAAAUACAGGUGUUGGUUACAUGUUGUUGGUGGGUGCUUUUGGUGUCGUCGGAAAUGGUGGAAGGAGCUUUUGCUAGUGGGUGGGUGCCUCCCAGACAAACGCGUCGGCGGCGCCGGUUGCGUUGAGCUAGCGCGAGUAGCGGAUGGGUUUGUUGCCGGAAAUCCUAGGCGGUGGCGGCGGUUUGAGGGCUCUCUUUGGGUCUCGGCUUUUUGCGGCUGGUAUUACCGGUAGUAGUAUUGUGGUGUAGAUAACGGUGAAAAAGGUUGCAGUAAUAGCUUGCUGUGAUGACGCCUCAGGUCUCUCCUCAGCUAAUGCUGAUGCUGAACCAAUAAUCUCCCACGUAACACGUACGCCGCUUUGUGCCGGCUGCAUAGUACUGUCGAAUUUGCCAAUUUGGGUUGCUAGCAGGGCUUUCAAGGUACCGUUAUAUCCAUGCUGAGGUUGGGUCUUGGCCUAUCUUGGCUGCCGGUAUCCUUUACGAAGCCUUGCGGAGUAUACGCAGAGGAGGUACGACAGGACACCGCGGAGGGCCGCCAGUCCUACCCCCGUCCCGGUGUGUUUCAGCACGCCUUCUGCGCAACCGUAGAAUCAUCGUGACAUUUGGCGUCAGCCCCCUGCGCGUGUGUGCAUGGAACCAACCCUACAUGCUGGCGUCCGAAUACGUUGCAACUUUUGCACGGUUUUAUGUAUUCUUGGCUGAACGGCUUUUGUUGCCUUUGGAGAAUGGGGCUGCGCUGUUUUGCCUGGCUUUCUCCUGCCGGCGUGCAUGCGGUGCGGGGAGCCCUAACGCGUACCCUGACAGGGUUGGACAGCGCAGUAUUCGGCUCUUCAGGUAUUACCCUACGGCUACUUCCUUGACCCUGUGCGCAUUGUGGUUUCCGUUUUUCGUCGUUGGUUGUGAUAACGGUUGUUUGGGUCCGUCCAAUUGCCUUGUCUGCUCGUUGUCUUGCGUCCUUUUGGUGGCAUGGUUGCGCUUGUUUCGUCUGAUGGGGAGUGGGGCGCGUGCAGAUGAGUACUGGGUGGGCAGGCUACGGCAGGGGCGCAGUGAAAGGGCAGGCGCUAAAAGAGGGGGUUGCUUUGCUUCUGCUUUGCAAAGGCGGAGUGUGGGCUUCUCCAUUUGUAACAUGUAUACGUGUCUA